GUCCGAGCAGUUGCCCACCCUGAAGACUAUUAAAAAUGGCUCCCAUCAUGUUUUUAUCACCGGUUACAAUGGCAUUUUCUAAUGUUUCAAAGAAACUGCUAAUGUCACACGCUGGAUUCAUUUGCAACUCCAGCCUCAUCCAAAAAUGUCAUCAAUCAACUUCCGGAAGUCAGCAUUACGACAUCAUCAUCGCAGGAGGAGGGUUAGUGGGCACAGCCAUGGCCUGUGCCCUGGGAUCUGCCAAAGUUCUGUCAGAGAAAAAGAUACUUCUCUUAGAAGGUGCUCCAGCCAAACCCAUCACCCUGAAAGACACUUACAGCAAUCGAGUGUCAGCAAUCAACCAUGCCUCCGUCGAACUUUUCAAACAUUUAAGCAUCUGGGAGGACAUCAGGGGUCAUCGUGUGCAAGAAGUGAGGAAGAUGCAAGUGUGGGAGACGUGUUCUGAUUCUCUUAUAACAUUCAGUGAAGACGAUUUGUCAAAUCCAGUUGCGUAUAUUAUAGAGAACGACCUCAUGAUGUGGGCCUUGAGUAAAUGCAAUGAAAAUAUCCCAAAUAGCUCAGUUCGGUACAGUGCUAAGAUCAAAGACUAUGCUUUUCCACACUCUUCUGAUGUUAACACACCUGAGGUACUUUUAGAAACUGGUGAAAAGCUUUCAUGUGAUCUACUGAUUGGUGCUGAUGGUAUUAACUCUAAGGUCCGCUCUAAAAUGGAUACAAUGGUGGAGAGAACUGACUAUAAUCAAAUGGGUGUUGUGGCUACAUUAAGUCUCUCAGACCCAACCAACAAUAUUGUUGCGUGGCAAAGAUUUCUCCCAGAUGGUGUGAUAGCACUUCUUCCUCUGUCGGAAUCCACCAGCUCAUUGGUUUGGUCUACAUCAGUAGAGAAAGCCAAAUCACUGAUUGGACUAACAGGAGAUUCCUUUGUAGAUGCGGUUAAUGAAGCAUUUCUUAAAGAGUUCCCCAGUAAUCCCUUUGUUGAAUCCCUGCUUAAGAACCUUAAUCUCAGCCCAGGAACAGAUAAGCAGAUUCCCCCAAGUAUUAAUGGAGUACAGGAAAAUAGUAGAGCAGCUUUUCCAUUAGGAUCAAUCAAUGUUUCAAGAUACGUUAACGACUGUGUUGCUUUGAUUGGAGAUGCCGCUCAUCGAGUUCAUCCCUUGGCUGGGCAGGGUGUCAAUAUUGGUUUUGGUGAUGUGCAGUGCUUGGCAGAUCAGGUUGCCAAAGCAGCAUAUCAAGGCUCUCACAUAGGCAAGGGUGCUCAUCUUAAAGUGUAUCAAUCAGAAAGGCUUUAUGAAACAUUGCCAAAGAUGAAAGUUAUUCAUUUUAUGCACACUUUGUAUAAAACUUCAUUUACUCCUGCUGUAGUUUUAAGAAGUUUAGGUCUCUCUUUAGUUCAGUCUAUGCCUUUAGUUAAAAAGCAGCUUAUCAAGAGGGCCAAUUCUUGAGAGUCUUUGUUAUCUUCGUUUCUGUUUAAUUUGUUGUCUUACAUUAAACCUGUUUUUAUUUUCUUGUGUAACAAAAUGUUCCUGCUAAAAUCCUGUUAUCACUUUUACAAUUUCAAUAAAUGUUGAAAUUCAUUCAGGACAGAAUAAA